AUGGAUGAUCGUUACACCUCUAAAUUGUCUCCUGCUAUUGAUUAUGGUGCGGGGACAUUUUUGUUGUUGGUUGCUAUCCUCUCCAUCCUGGGCAACGCCGCUGUGCUGGUAACAGCCGUCCGGCGUCACAGCGUCCUCAAAGCUCCUGAGCUCCUCACGGUCAGUCUGGCUGUGACAGACAUUGGUAUGGCUAUCAGCAUGUACCCACUGUCAAUCGCCUCCGCCUUCAGCCAUGCUUGGAUCGGAGGCGACCCUUCCUGCCUGUACUAUGGCCUGAUGGGUAUGAUUUUCAGCGUGGCCAGCAUCAUGACUCUGGCCGUCUUGGGGUUGGUGAGGUAUCUGGUGAUAGGUAACCCUCCGAAAUCAGGCAACAAGAUUCAAAGAAGAACUAUAUGUAUAUUGAUUGCUGUCAUCUGGCUGUACUCAUUGCUCUGGGCUGUGUUUCCUCUGCUGGGCUGGGGAGGAUAUGGGCCAGAACCCUAUGGUUUGGCCUGUUCUGUGGACUGGGCCGAGUACCAAAACUCCUUUAACGGCUCUUCCUUCAUCAUGGCUUUGGCCAUCCUGUGCACCUUGAUCCCAUGUGUGGUUAUCCUGUUCACCUACUCUGGCAUCGCCUGGAAGCUUCACAAGGCCUAUCAGUCAAUUCAGAGCAACAAUAACCUGCCCAGCUCAGGCAGCGUUGAGAGAAAGGUCACACUGAUGGGCAUUCUGAUCAGCGCUGGCUUUAUCAUCUCCUGGGCACCCUAUGUGUCAAUCAGCCUUUGGACCAUGUUUCACUCCGGGGGCAAUUACAGAGUAUCGCCCAUUGUCAGUUUGCUACCCUGCCUCUUUGCAAAGUGCUCAACGGUGUACAACCCUUUUGUUUACUAUGUUUUUCGCAAGUCUUUCCGGAGGGAGCUGCGACAUAUCCGACUGUGUUUUGGAGGAAAAGUUCAUGCAUUUUCAAGCGAAAGCAUGUUAGUGUGA